UGUAAGGAUUAUGGUGGGUGAUGCUAUAUCCGGUGUAAGAAAUUAUUUCAAGAUCUCCUGUUAUGCAUUUUCUCAAUAUACAGUAAUUGAUUUGUUGUUUUGCUUUACUUAUUUACAUCAAAGCAAACUCUUUCACAAGGAGGUCGUGAAUUUGCAUUUAAACAGUAGCUUUGCUCAUCGUGACAGCAUGAGAGUGUGAGAGAGUGGCUGUAAGAGUAUGGGUCUGCACAGGACAUCUAGGCCUAUAUCCAGUAUUUAUACUCCACGUGUCAGUGAACUGUCAGUGACAAGUCAGAGGCUAGAAUUAGACAUAUAUCUGCUAGACUGAGACAAGACAACUCCAAGCGGGGAAACCAAGAGCAAGAUGCAGAGACAGUACAAUCUGAGGAAUCCAGCGGUUAAGCGGCUAAUGAAAGAGGCUCAGGAGUUAAGAGAACCAACGGAGCAGUACCAUGCCCAGCCCCUGGAGGAUAACUUGUUUGAGUGGCACUUCACCAUCCGUGGUCCAGGUGACUCAGAGUUUGAGGGAGGUCUCUACCAUGGCCGCAUUGUGCUCCCCCCAGACUACCCCAUGAAACCCCCAAGUAUCAUUCUCUUGACACCUAAUGGGAGGUUUGAGGUGAACAAGAAGAUUUGUCUGAGCAUCUCUGGCUAUCACCCAGAAUCCUGGCAGCCAUCUUGGUCCAUUCGCACAGCAUUACUUGCUAUUAUAGGCUUCAUGCCUACCCAUGGAGCAGGUGCUAUAGGUUCUCUGGACUACACUGCCCAGGAGAGAAAAAGCCUUGCCAAAAAAUCUCAGAGUUGGCAGUGCCCAUCUUGUGGAGACAUAAGCAAUGUCCUACCCCAGGUCACAGAGGCAUCCAAAGAAACCAGCAAAGAGGCCAAACAUCUCGCUUCCCAGAUCAGCUUUCAGGCUGAGAAAGAGAAGAAAUCCUCAGAGUGCAGUAGUGGAGGAGUUGAGAGCAGUGCUCAGCCUGUUGACGCACCACCACCACCAGCUGUCUCCAGUGAACAGGCAGAAGCCAGUAGUCUCUCCCCAACCCACACCCAGUCCUUGGCCACUUCACCCCUAACCCAUAGCUUCCUGUUUCCCCCUCCACCAAACCUAGCUGAUCACUGGCACAACAGUUCUCACCCUACAGCUACAACAACUACAGGGCCAAACUUCCCCCUGCCCUUUGUGGCCCCUCCAUUCAGACCUUUAUUCCCUCCCCUUCAUUUGCUUCCUCGACAUCCAGCUGUGUUCCCGCCAGCAUGGCAUCCACCUGGACUCUCUCCACACUAUCCAACCAGGUCGUCUGCCUUCAGCCCCACAGCCCAGCCAGCAUCAACGCGACAGGGUGGUCACGUGACCUUCAACUGCCUACCCAUCUUACAGAAUGGGUUGAGAGUCCUCUUUAAUGUAACCUUUAAUGCAAACAGAUCCGCAAAACUCAGGUUUUAA